CAUAAAAAUAUACAGUUUUCCCGGCUGAUGAUGUAUGUACAAAACGCACGUGGACGUUCGUUUCGUUUACGAUCAUUGUGAUAUUUAAUUUUCUAGUGUGUGGUUUUAUAAAACUAAACUUAAGUAAAAAACAAUAAUUUAGUUGAGUUAUAUUUUUUAAAUAUGGGGAAACUAAGGAAACCGAAAAUUAGUAAAAUUAAAAGAAACAAUCAGACGAAGACAAAGCUUUCGAAGCAAGGGAAGCUUAAAACUCGACGACAUAAACCAAAAAAACAACCUCAGAAAUCAGCACCACCACGUCCGGAAAUAGUAGAAGAGGAAGAAGAAAGUGAUCAUGGAAGAGAUCUGAUGGAUAUGGUCGAAGAAGAUGAUUUGAAUUUCCUAAAUAAAGCUAUAUCUAACCAAUCUUACAAUCUAUUAAAACCAAUUCAAUUAAAUGAACCAGACAAUGAUUUAAGCAAGAAAAAAAGAAAAAAGAUUGAGAAUGGUCAGCCUUUGGAAGAGCUGUACGAGACCAAUGUUUCAAAAAUUGUGAAGGAGACAGGAGGGAAGUCAGUUCGCAUGCUACUUCCAAUAAAAACUCAGAAUGGGUUUAUAAAGAAACGUAUUAUUGAAGAAGACAGUAAAAUUUCAAACAAAGAAGAAAAUAAAGAUACAAAUGAGAUUCAGGAAGAAAAUAAAGAGGAAAAUAGUGAUGUCGAAAUAGACAUGGAUACACAUAGUAAUUUGCAAGUAACCGAUAAACCAGUAUCCACCAUUGAAUUUCUGGCGCGUCGUGAAGAGAUACUGAAAACCAAGCGUUUUAAGAUAGGUAUACUUUCGAGUGGCAUAUUGGAAAAUCCAGAACUCAAGUCUGGAAAUUUCAAGAUAUUAUUGGACAUGAUGGAUGAAAGAACUUCCGAAGUUUACAUUACAAUUAGGAAACUGGCGAUGGUAUCUCUUUUAGAAAUUUUUAAAGAUUUGCUUCCAUCGUAUAGUAUCCUGCAAAUUUCUCAAGAAGGAAUAAAACUGAAGAAAGAUACCCUCGCGCUACAGAAUUAUGAAGCUAUUUUAUUGAGGUUUUACAAAGGCUAUUUGCAAAGGCUCGAGAAGUUAUCCAAGAUUUUGAAAAAAAAGAAAGGAAACACACAAUCGGUAAACGAGCGAGAAAUUCAAUUGGGCGAGACGGCUGUAUCGUGUAUGUGCGAGCUUCUCACCAUCCAUCCAUAUUUUAAUUUCUCCGUUAAUAUAGCUAAUUAUCUCCUUCCUUUAUUGGAUAACAAACGGAACAGCGUAAGAGAAAAAAUUGCGCAAUGUUUCUCCAAAAUAUUCAAAGAAGACAAACGUGGUCAACUGUCUCUUACAAUAGUUCGAAAGUUAAAUCAGUACAUCAAGUCGAGAAAACACUCUGUACAUCCUGAGGUCAUAGCAGUGUUACUAGCCCUUCGUAUCAAAGAUGUCAAUCUAGAUAAGGAAAAAGAGGAUGAAACGAAGCAGAAGAAACUUAUGUCUCAUAAACAAAGAAUUCUUGCAUUAAGCAGACGCGAGAGGAAAAAGAGCAAAAAGCUGGAGGAAGUGGAGAAAGAAAUGCUCGAGACGAAAGCUGAAGAGAAUAAGCAGGUGAAACAUAAAAUUCUAACGGAAAUAACGGGCAUAGUAUUCACUAUAUAUUUCAGAAUUCUAAAACAAGCGCCCAACAGCAAAGUAUUGUCUGUGUGCCUGGAAGGAUUAGCCAAAUUUGCGCAUUGUAUUAAUAUAAAUUUUUACCAAGAUUUAGUUUGUGCCAUAGAUAGAUUAAUAGAGGAAGAUAACUUGGGUUUAAGGGAACAAUUACACUGUGUUCAAUGUAUAUUUACAAUAUUAUCUGGACAAGCUGUAGCGUUGAACAUUGAUCCACAUAGAUUUUAUGUGCACUUGUAUAAAAAUAUAUUAAAAGUCCACUGUGGGAGGACACAUGCAGAAACUGAGACCGUGCUACAAACGUUGCUACAGAUUCUCAUUCACCAGCGAAAAAGAAUCACGCAGACGCGUACGAUAGCCUUUGUAAAAAGAAUAAGCACAUUAGCAUUGCAAUCACAGCAUAAUGCGACUUUAGGAACUCUUGGUAUUAUUAAGCAAGUGAUGCAACUUGGGAAAGCGGCUCAUAUUUUAUUAGAUACCGACUGCGCCAGUGACGGUCAUUAUCAAGGCGAAAUUGAAGAACCUGAUUAUUGCAAUGCUCACUGUACCGCAUUGUAUGAGCUUGUUGCUUUACAGCGUCACUAUCACAGUGUGGUACGGCAACUUGCUAAAAAUAUAGCGUACACUACACCUACGAGCGGCGAGGGUAGUUUAACUACCGAAAUUGCAAAAUUAUCACCAGAGGAGCUUUAUAAGGAGUAUGAUCCUGCGGGUGUAGCAUUUAAGCCUGCUGUACCUAUUCCAAAGAAGUUGGUUGUUAAAAAAGUACCGGUUAAUUAUAAUUUGAGUCCUGAACUUGAGAAAUAUGUUAACACUGUUAACGUCGACAAUUUAUUUGCGGACGGGCAUGUAGACUUUUACAAAGCCUGUGAAAGUAAUUUAUAACAUUUAAUAAAAAAAGAAUGUAUGUAAAAAUCAAUACUUUAUUCAAUAAACGUUGCAACAGUAUUUAGAAUAA